GGCGAGAGAAUAGAAACUAGACUCAAGACUUUUAUUCAGCACUCUGCCUAUUUUGCCAACCUUGAAUGGAUCUUUUGAGGAUUAAACAAGUCCCAGAGCCCACGACUGAAUGGUAUUUUGGACGAAGGAAUACUUCACCGUCGACCACCCUCCAGCUCCUCACCGAAGCCUGUCUGAGAGGCUGAGAACGUCCUCGCUGCCAUAGGGAGACCCUUGGCACCACUGGAAGCUGGAGCCAAGCACCGGUGCCACAGCCUCAGACAUGAAGGAGAGGUUCUAGUAGAUUUUUCAAACUAAAAACUGUCGAGUGAGUUAUCAAGACUGUUCUGAGACCAAGGGGAGCGGAAACAAAAAGCUAGAGAAAAAUGCCUUUUGGGGGGUUGGCGGGUUUGAAGGAGCAGGUGCUGAAGCCUGGGAAGGAGGAAGUGAAGAACAGUGUAGGGGAUUCUCUGGGGAAACUGCAAAGGAAACUCGAUGGGAGCAACGUGGAGGAGGAGGACAUUGAACUGACGGAGGACGGGCGUCCGGUGGCGUCGGCGCCGCGUCCUGCUCCGCUGCUGGACUGCAGCUGUGGCGGGCUGCCGAAGCGCUACAUCAUAGCCAUCCUCAGCGGACUGGGCUUCUGCAUCUCCUUCGGCAUCCGCUGCAACCUCGGCGUGGCCAUUGUGGAGAUGGUGAACAACAACACGGUUUAUAUCAAUGGGACUCCGGUGCUUCAGAAAGCCCAGUUCAACUGGGACCCGGAGACGGUGGGGCUGAUCCACGGCUCCUUCUUCUGGGGCUACAUCGUCACUCAGAUUCCCGGUGGUUUCAUCUCCAACAAGCUGUCUGCCAACAGGGUGUUUGGCGCCGCCAUCUUCCUGACGUCGGUCCUGAACAUGUUCAUCCCGUCCGCAGCGAGGGUCCACUACGGCUGUGUGAUGUUCGUUCGCAUCCUGCAGGGCUUGGUGGAGGGGGUCACCUACCCAGCAUGCCAUGGGAUGUGGUCCAAAUGGGCGCCGCCCCUGGAGCGCAGUCGUCUGGCCACGACUUCAUUCUGCGGAUCCUAUGCAGGAGCAGUGAUCGCGAUGCCUCUGGCUGGAAUCCUUGUUCAGUACGUCGGCUGGCCGUCGGUCUUUUAUAUCUACGGCGUCUUUGGCAUCAUAUGGUACAUCAUGUGGCUGCUGCUGGCGUAUGGAAGUCCUGCUGAUCACCCCACGAUCACAGACGAGGAGCGGAUGUACAUCGAGACCACUAUUGGUGAAACCAUGAAACAGCUGAGUGUAACUGAGAAAUUCAAGACUCCGUGGCGCCGGUUCUUCACCUCCAUGCCUGUCUAUGCCAUAAUCGUGGCCAACUUCUGCCGCAGCUGGACCUUUUACCUGCUCCUCAUCAGCCAGCCGGCUUAUUUCGAGGAAGUCUUCGGCUUCCCCAUCAGCAAGGUGGGCAUCCUGUCUGCUGUCCCCCACAUGGUCAUGACAAUUGUAGUCCCGAUUGGAGGACAGCUGGCCGACUUCCUACGCAGUAACAAAAUCAUGUCUACCACCAACGUGAGGAAGCUGAUGAACUGUGGAGGGUUUGGCAUGGAGGCCACUCUGCUGCUGGUUGUUGGUUUCUCUCACACUCGAGGUGUCGCCAUCUCCUUCCUCGUCCUGGCUGUAGGCUUCAGUGGAUUCGCCAUCUCAGGUUUUAACGUCAAUCACCUGGAUAUCGCUCCUCGCUACGCCAGCAUCCUGAUGGGCAUCUCUAACGGGGUGGGAACGUUAUCUGGAAUGGUGUGUCCCCUGAUCGUUGGAGCGUUGACUAAACACAAGACUCGUCUGGAGUGGCAGCACGUCUUUAUUAUUGCGGCCAUGGUGCAUUACUCAGGGGUCAUCUUUUAUGCUAUCUUUGCUUCGGGAGAGCAGCAGGACUGGGCAAACCCAGAGAGCACAAGCGAGGAUAAAUGUGGCAUUAUUGAUGAAGACGAGCUGGCCGAGGAGUCGGAGCUCAACACCGAGAACAUGAUGGCGCCCAAGAAGAGUUACGGAACCACGGACAAUUCCUUCAAUCGCAAACAGGGCUGGAAAAAGAAGAGAGGCGUGACCACGCAAGACGAGGAGGAGCAUUAUGGGAAUGGGGACUACCAGGACCAGUACCAGUGACUCUGAACUUUGGAAACAAUAACAAUAAAUGAAAUUUGCUUAUGAGGAAAUGUCCAAGACGUCAAUGAAGAGGGAUGAGAAGCUGCAGCAUAUGUACCUCAAGACCGGCUUCUUUCAUUUUUGGUCAAAAACAACACUGAGACUGUGAUGUACUGUAUAGUCAGCAGAAAAUAAGUAUCAUAGAAAACACAACAACACACAUCUAAGUAGUAAAUCUGAAACCUCGUAGGGUUUCAUUUCAAACCAAUGGCCCUUUUUUUACAGCACUUUGAGUUGUUGUAGUAGGAAACGCACAGCCGUGAUUGGCAACGGUUCCAUUGUGACCCGAGCAACGUCUCAGAUGCCGUCACCUGUGCAGCCUCCUGCUACGACACAUCGAAGCCUCUGCCCCAACUCAAAAGAGUCUGAAUAAAAAAGAAGGAAACAUCAGCACAAAUAGAACCAGCUGAAUACUCACCUAUACUGUAAAGUAGCAUGUGUAAUACGGUAGAAAGUACAGUACAGACGCUGGCGGGUCGCCCCCUGCUGUGUUAGACAAACAUAUCAGCUUUCAGACCAGACGUUUGCACUGAUCACCCUCCAUCUGCGCAAACAUGAACGCAGACUUUACUUCCUGCUGCUUACUUUAAACCAGUCUGGGAAACGUCCCACGUCGGCUAUGCAACGUGAAAAGCCACGUGUCUGUGGAAUGUAAUGGUGGAUUUGACAGCGGACUCCAGUGUUAAUGCUACGAGCCUUACUGGUUUUUUGCUUGUAUGUGUUUGCUGUUGCUGAAUGAUUGCACCCGGUCACCGCUUUCCCCACGCCCCCCGUUUGUGUGAAACGCGCUGAUGGCGAGCUCAGUGCACACGCUCUUUGGUGAAACCUAUAGUGUAACUCUAUUUAUCCUUCUGGUGUUUGUCUUUUUGCAACUUGCCGAUGCUUGAAACCUGGAGACCCAGUUUAUUGCUACAAGUCAUGUAACGUAAUGUUUCCUUGUAACCAUUCACUCAUUGUCAGUUUUGUACAGUGAAUUAUUCUCUGUUCCUUUGACAUAGUAUUGAUUUGAUUUGCACUAUGUUUGAACACACUGGGGAUGUAAUAAACUGCAUUUCUAUUCUCUUUUAUAUUAAGAUUAUUGCAUAGAAUGUAAAUUUUCAAGCUCAUGAUGGUGCUAGAUGAAGACAACAAAGUUCAUCUUCUGGGGACUAUGAAUUCCUAUACAAAUUGUUUGUGUCUCUUUUGUGGCUCUUGUUCAUAUAUUUUAUCCUCUUAAACUUUAACACAAAUCUGCCAUAAAGUCACAGCGUACUUGUUAAACUAGAUGCUCGUAAUCGUAACAAGAAAACUUUCAACGACAUAAGCAUUCCCCAUCUCUGUCUGUUUACAUAACUGAGCCCAGAGGAGACAUUUUUAAAUAUCCAAUGACUGCUCUGUUUCUCAUCAUGGUUCGGUAAACAUCCGUUGUCUUAUCUGUCUUUUCAGCCUGCUUCAUGUUCACCACAAAUUCAAUUACAAGUAUUGGCUCCUAAAACAAAAAAAAUACUUUUUUGUGGAAUGUACUUAUAUAAAAACG